AUGUACUACAGCAGUGGAAACUACGAAGCGUUCGCGCGGCCGCGCAAGCCUGCCGGUGUGGACGACAAAACGGCCUGGUUCGUGGGAUCAGGGCUGGCCGCUUUGGCCGGAGCAGCAUUUCUAGUGCGGGACGGGCAGAUGCCGGGCCAAAACAUCACGAUCCUCGAAGAACUGGACUUACCGGGCGGCGCGUUGGACGGGCUCGAAGUGCCCGAAAAGGGCUUCGUGAUCCGCGGCGGUCGCGAGAUGGAAGACCACUUUGAAUGCCUGUGGGAUCUUUUUCGCUCGAUCCCGUCACUCGAAAUUCCCGACGCAUCGGUGCUCGACGAGUUCUACUGGCUGAACAAGGACGAUCCAAACUUCUCCUUGCAGCGGGCCACGGUCAACCAGGGCCAGGAUGCACAUACCGACAACAAGUUCGGCCUGACGUCCACGGCGCAGAAGGACAUCAUUCGCCUCUUUUUGGCCACGCGGCAGGAGAUGGAGGGCAAGCGCAUCAACGAGGUCGUUGGCAAGGACUUUUUGAACAGCAAUUUCUGGAUGUACUGGCGCACCAUGUUUGCGUUUCAAGAGUGGCAUUCCGCCCUGGAGAUGAAGUUGUACUUGCACCGUUUUAUCCACCAUAUCGGUGGCCUCCCGGACUUUUCGGCCCUUAAAUUUACGAAGUACAACCAAUACGAGUCGCUGGUGCUGCCGUUGUACAAGUGGCUGCUCGACCAUGGCGUCAAGUUUCAGUACAAGACUGAGGUUGUCGAUGUGGAUUUUGCCGUGUCGCAGGAGCAGAACAGCAAUAUCAAAAGAAAGCAAGCAACGCGCAUCCACUGGCGAAAGGACGGUCAGGAAGGCGGUGUUGAUUUGGGUCAGAAUGACUUGCUUUUCAUGACUAUUGGGUCUUUGACGGAGAACUCUGGUUUGGGUGAUCAUCAGACUCCAGCCAAGCUGAACCAAGGCCCAGCACCGGCUUGGGAUCUCUGGAGAAGGAUUGCGGCAAAAGAUGCUGAGGGAUCGUUCGGUAGACCCGAUGUUUUUGGAGCACAUAUCCCAGAAUCCAAGUGGCAGUCGGCCACGGUGACAACCUUGGACGAGCGAAUUCCCGGAUAUAUACAGAAGAUUUGCAAGAGAGAUCCGUUCAGCGGUAAGGUGGUGACCGGUGGCAUUGUUACUGUUAAGGACUCCAGCUGGCUGCUCAGUUGGACUGUCAACCGCCAGCCGCAUUUUAAGAAGCAGCCACGCGAUCAAAUCGUGGUCUGGGUGUAUUCUCUGCUUGUCGAGGUGCCGGGGGAUUAUGUCAAGAAGCCCAUGCAAGACUGCACCGGAGAGGAAAUCACGCAGGAGUGGCUGUACCACUUGGGCGUGCCCACUGACCAGAUCGCUGAGCUGGCUGCGACAGGAGCCAAAUGCGUGCCUGUCAUGAUGCCCUAUGUGACAAGCUUCUUCAUGCCGCGACACGCUGGCGACCGUCCAGCCGUGGUGCCGGAAGGAUCAGUCAAUUUUGCUUUCAUUGGGCAGUUCGCCGAGUCGUGUCGCGACACCAUUUUCACGACCGAAUAUUCCGUCCGCACGCCCAUGGAGGCAGUCUAUCAGCUGCUGAAUGUGGAGAGGGGCGUGCCUGAAGUGUUCGGCUCAACGUACGACGUUCGCAAGCUUUUGAAUGCCAUGAGUCGGCUUCGUGACGGUAAAGAGCUGGAUGCCAGUAUGCCAGAGUUUCUGCGACGUUGGAUCCUGCGCAAACUCGAGCAUAAUGAAGUCGGAGAGCUGCUGCACGAGUACCAUCUGAUUUAG